CUUGGGCAUUUCCAAACUUUAGGCGGCCACACAGAAGCAGUGAAAAUCCAAAUGAAACGAGAAAUCUGAUAAUUUUAGCGUUAAAAAGUGUUGCAAUUGUUGGUGCAUUUAAUAUACAGGCAAAUAUAGAAAUUUUGAGCCGAGCCCAGUGAAAAUAAGAACUUAAAGAACACUUUCCAUUCUAUAAUAAUUAAGAAAAGGGGGCCAGAAGAAGAAGAAGAGGAGCAGAGGGGUCGGCGUGGUGCGUACUUGGUGCGAAAUUGCGUAUUAGGAAAGAAAACAACAACAGCAACAACAACAAAAACAAAAACAACAGCAGCAGCAACAGCUAUCAACUGGAAACGCUGGCAAACAUAAUUCCCAAGCCCAAGCCAACAAACAAAUACAAUUGACUAACCCCAAAAGCCAGCAGCAACAACAACAGCAAAUUACAUGGGUCUGACGGAUCAAGAUUGGAUCGGUUGUGCGGUAUCCAUUGCCUGCGACGACGUCCUCGGUGUUUUCCAAGGCCUGAUCAAGCAAAUAUCCGCUGAGGAGAUCACCAUUGUACGGGCCUUCCGGAAUGGCGUCCCCCUUCGGAAGCAGAACGCGGAGGUGGUGCUCAAGUGCACGGACAUCCGGAGCAUCGAUCUCAUCGAGCCCGUUAAGCAGGAUGUAGAUGUGCACACGGCUCCGCCAGUGAUCAAUAAACCCACUCCCGUAAAGUUGCCUCACUUUUCCAAUAUUUUGGGUAAGCAGCAGCAGCUUCAACUCCAGCAACAGCAGCAGCAACAACAACAACAACAGCAGCAAAGUCAAGAUCAGGAUGUGCCAUUGACGCCACGGGGAAAAGCCAAUGGAUAUGGACGAGGACCAGGAGGAUCCGGGUCAGGCGGCAACGUCAACUCGACGCUCAGCGACAAAAUGCAUCAACUGAAGCUGAUUGAGACCAAUGGAUGCAAUGGAAGGUCUUUUUUUUCCUAAAACAGAACAUCGUCGUCGAGUGCCCACCAACCCCAAAUGUCAACGACCCCGAGUAGCGUGGCCGCCUUCUUUGGCAAUAUGAUUCCAGCCAAGGUGGAGGUCAAGCUGGGCAGCACGGCCUACGGUAGCAAUACGCGAGAGAGCUACUGCAGCAGCAGCGGGGACAGUGGCGAGGCUGCGGGUUUGGUUCAGGGCGCGAGGAGCAGCACCAGGCCCAUCGAUAUCGUCAGCAAUGGAGACAGCUACUACAAACAAGCCGCCUCCAGUUACGGAAACGGUAAUGGCAAUCCCAAGAAGAAUAUUAAUGGCAACGGCUCGUAUACGAAUGGAAAUAUGAAUGGCAAUGGAAAGAAUAAACGGAACAGGAUCCGGCGGGAGAGUAGCAUGCGGCAACAGCAGACUUUUGGCAGCGAAGCGGAGGAUCCACUACUUAACGAGGACUUUGAUUUUGAGGGCAAUCUGGCACUCUUCGACAAGCAGGCUAUUUGGGAUGAUAUUGAGAACACCCACCAGAAACCGGAUGUGGUCAGGCACUUAGUGAACCAACACCACCAUCAGCCGGAGCAAAAGUAUCGACACGACGAGAACAUUUUGGCCAGUAAGCCGCUGCAGUUGCGCCAGAUUGAGACUAUGUUUGAUGGCAGCAAGGAUUUCGUUACGGACGACGGCUUGAUCAUCCCAACGAUUCCAGCCUAUGCUCGAAAUAAGAUCGAGAUAUGCGCCGAUAAAGCCGGAUUAUCGCUGCAAAGGCAAAUAGAUAUUUUGGCGCGUGGGGCCAGUGAUCUGGCCAUUACUCUGCUGGGCGGUGCCAGGCGGUUGACUCCGGCCAACAACCAUCAAUGGCCCAAGAUUGCCAUCAUUUGCGAUGGUGUCAAGAGCAUGAGAACGAUCAACAUUGGAGCAGCUACAGGUCGCCAACUGGCUUCCCAUGGUCUUAAAGUGCUGCUGUAUGUGGAGCAAGUGCAACUGUUUGAGCAACACAGUAAUAGCCCAGAGAUUUCUUUAUUUAAGGCAACCGACAAUGUCAUAGUCCACACAGUAGACGCCUUGCCCAAGCCAGACCUUGUGAUACUCUCGACAAACACAGCUAAUCUGUCAGAUGCAAUCAAAAAAUGGCUCAGUGUUAAUCGCGCUUCGGUGCUUGCCAUAGACCCACCGCCGUGUGGCAUUAACGAUGUGGCAAUCAAGUACUCAAUUCUACCCAUUCUACCAUUAAAUGGCAUAUCAACAGCACCAUCAUCGUCAUCGGCUGCCGCCACACCAACGCCGAUUGCCAGCACAUCGGCAGCAGCUGCAACAGCAUCAUCAUCAUCAACGAACAAUUGUGGCAAAUUGUAUUUAUGUAAUCUAGGUAUACCGGAUAAAUUCUAUCGUGAUUGUGGCAUUAAGUACAAAAGUCCCUAUGGACAUAAAUAUGUGAUACCGAUUCACUCAAAGGACUGAAACAACGACAACAACAAAAACAACAACACAACAAAACCCAACAUUAAUAACAGAAAUCAAAUAGCAUCAUCAGAUAUAUCAAAAAAUUAAAAAAAAAAACAUACGUAUGCAAAUAACCAAAACACAAUAAUACACACACACACACACCCGCACACUUGUGAUGAUCAUCAAGUCCAGUUUCCUGUGAAUCUAGCUCUUAAAGGUCUUCUCUCAUAUCUUACUCAGAUUUAACAUUAUGUUCUAUACCGCUUAAAUAUUUAGUUGUUAGGCUAUACACACAUAUUAGCAUAGUUAUUAUAUCUACAAAUUUUUUCAAAUAUUUAAAAACUGCCCCUGGCCAUGUGCCACCAAUUAUUGUUAACUUUCAAAUUGUACUAUUAUUAUUAUUAGAUUUUUUUUGUAAUUAAGCAAAACCAUAUUACUGUGUAGCCCUUGGUUCUAAAAGCUAGUCCAGCAUUUAAAAGUUUUAAAAGCUUUAGUUUAGGCGCACGCUCGCAGAAUUUUUUUCAAAACAUUUAUCCAAAAAACAGGAUUCUUUUUAUUCCCUUAAUCAUCCCGCAAGUGGUCUUUGUAAUCAUAAAUCGUAUCAGCAAAAAUCAGGCAAAUUGUUUGUAAAUAUCUGUAGAAUUCAGAGAGAGAGAUCAUGUUAAUUAUUAUCAAGAAAAGUAUGCGCAAUAAAUGCCAAAUUAAAUGUCUAAUUUUAAGCAUUAAAUCCGAAGCAAGAGCAGCAACCAACUAUUGUACGAUAUAAAGUGGAAUUCAAAAUCCAAGUAUAAAUCAAAUCAGAUUAGGUUAAGAUUUAGAUCCGUAAGAUUCAAGUGUUUAAACAUUUAAAAAAGAAAGAUAAAGAUACUGAGAGGAAACUUUCUAUUGUGUAGACGUAUUUAAGAAUGUGUCUUUAAGCAAAAAAAAAACUAAACAAAGUCGAGAGCAUAAUUUUUUACCCAUCGAAUACUAAGGAGAAAUACCACAACACAAUACUUAUACUCUUAACUGUAGAACGAUGAAUUUUAUAUAAGAUUAAAUCCAAAUCAAAUAGUGCAAAAUUUUAAACAGGUUGCAACGAGGCAGCCAACAAAAAACUUAAAUCCAGCAACCCACAAACUAAACCAAUUGUUGUAUAAAUAAUAAUUCUAAUUGUAAAGAUUACCAAAACACACACACACAAGUAGAUUCUAAAUUCCAAUCAUGUUGAUGAUCAUCUGAAAAUUCAAUUUCCUAAAAACCAUCAAAUAAUUAUAUAAUAUAGAGAGUUGAUUGCGGACCAAGCCGACGUCCAAUCGGUUAUUUGGUCACCGCACUGACUGUUUUGAGUUAGGCGUAAGGAGAGUUAUAAAAGACCUCGAGGAGAUGUUAAAGGAGAGCAGAUGAGAAGGUUUUUCCAUGCCACAGCAACAGCUACUUAUAAAUUCCAAAAAAAAAAAACCAUACAAACAUCCAGACAUUUUGGGAAUGCUUUAAAAUUGUAAAAACAAAACAUCUAUUUUCGGGCCAAUUGAAAUUGUUAAACGAUAAAAGAUUGAAAACCUAAUUUUAAAAUUAUACAAAAAAGACAACAAAUUGUACAGAAAUUCUCUUUUGGAACAAAAAUUGUAAAUUAAUCAAGAAAAAAAGAAAAGAAUAAGAAAACGGAUCAAAAAAAGAAAAAAUACAAAAUGAAAUCCUUUCAAAACUAAACAGCAAUAUUUAAAAAAUAUACAAACCAACACCGAGAAGCCUUCUCAUGGAAA